UCCAGUCAGCUUGUUUCUCGCAAACCUGGCUUGCCUUCUUGGACAGGCAACGUGCGUCGCUGCCGGCCCACCUGUCUCUCUCUUUCCGUUACCGGGCUUCGCGGGAUGAGAGCAUGCAAUAUGGGAAGCGGGUGCUUCCUUCCUUAGCCUGGCACCUGCAGUCUGGGACACCCACCUUACCUCCAAUCUUUUGACCCCGUCUGCCUUGUCCCGAUGUUCCUCCUUCUCUCCUUCCCUGUACUGCGUGGCCUACCUAAUACUACCUACUGCGUAGGAAUCAUAUCUCACUUCACUUCCCUGUCCUUUCCUAUCUUGUCUCGAGCCACCCUGUACAUUCCGUCUAUCUCUGACUCUGGCACUCGAGCUCUCACCUGCCUAAUUGCAAACACCGACAAACAACCACGUCCUGCUUCUUUCCUGCCCCCUAUCCUCUCUGUGGGGUCCGACUGUGGUCUGUGUGUCGCCCAGCGAUAUGCAAGCAGGCAGAGAAAAACAACGGCAAGCACGUCGCCAGCUGUUCACCCCCCGGCCAGUGAUGUCACUGAUCCCUUUGCACCGGGUUAUUGCGACGGCUGUUAUCGACUGUCAGGACUACCCAAUAGUCUUACCUUUUAUUAAUUACUAUACAUCUUUUAGGUAGCAAAGAUUUGAUUCUGCAAAUAUCAAGAACAAACCUCUUUGAUUUUACUCUGC